AUGAGCUUGCCUCUUACUUCCGCGGGCAAUGGAGGGGCUCACACGCAGCAUUCUCUCCCUCAAUUGCCCGCACACUCCCAGUCCGACACGCAGAUAACGGCCCAUCUCGCCAGUCGAUUCCAUCUGCAACUCCAAGCCACCUAUCUUUCAUCCCAUGGAGUGGUUGCUGUUAACACCUUUACAUCCUCGACGAAAGGGCCAGAUGGAGGCCGAGAUGGCAGCUCCAUGGCUGCUGCCGAGGAUGUGGCCGAUCGUGCAUACCUGCGUCUUGGCCAUCGGUCUGAAAAUCAAGCCGUUGUGUUUCUGGGAGAAUCUGGCUCCGGAAAGUCCACGCUGCGAAACCAUUUCGUUACGGCCCUUCUCAAGAAAUCAUCCACUCCUUUGUCGACUAAACUCUCGCUUGCUGCGUACGUAUUCGACGCACUAACCACCACAAAGACCGCAACCACCCCAACUGCCUCUCGGGCUGGUCUGUUCUACGAGCUUCAAUACGACACUUCUGCGUCUACAAACCCUACUCUCAUCGGUGGUAAAGUGCUUGAUCAUCGCCUGGAGAGGAGCAGGAUCACAGACGUCCCCACCGGCGAGCGUAACUUUCACGUCCUAUACUAUCUUGUGGCUGGUACUAGCGAGGCCGAGAAGGAUCAUUUGGGAUUUGAAAAUGACAGCAGCAAGAGAUGGAAGUUUCUUGGGCACCCAACGCAGCUUAAGGUGGGCAUUAACGACGCCGAAGGCUUUCAGCUCUUCAAGACCGCCAUGAGGAAGCUGGAGUUCCCCAAGAACGACAUUGCCGAGAUUUGUCAAGUUCUUGCAACUGUUCUGCAUAUCGGCCAGCUGGAGUUCGAGACUUCCAGCAGCACCAGCGCAACUGGUGAUGACAGCGGCGGCUUCUCCCACGAGGGAGGCACCACUUUCACUGCUGUCAAGAACAAGGAUGUCCUGGCCAUCAUCGCCGCCUUCCUCGGUAUCAGCGCCUCUGAUCUCCAAACUACCUUGGGCUACAAGACCAAGAUGAUCCACAAGGAGCGCGUUACCGUCAUGCUCGAUCCCAACGGUGCUCGCGCGCACGCGAAUGAGUUGGCGAGGACUCUUUACUCGCUCUUGGUUACCUGGAUCGUUGAAAACAUGAACCAGCGUCUCUGCGCCCCCGAAGAGAGCAUUGCCAACACAAUCUCUAUUGUUGAUUUCCCCGGUUUCGCCGCGGCAGCUUCCACUGGAUCUGCCUUGGAUCAACUCCUCGCCAAUGCUGCCAAUGAGGCUAUCUACAACAUGACUCUCCAUAACUUCUUUGAUCGCAAGGCCGAGAUGUUCGAGACAGAGGAAGUCACCGUGUCUGCGACAAGCUAUUUCGACAACAGCGAUGCUGUCAAGGGCCUCCUAAAGCCCGGCAAUGGCCUUUUGAGCAUUCUCGAUGACCAGACCCGCCGUAACAGGACGGAUAUGCAGCUUCUCGAGAGUCUGCGCAAGCGGUUCGAGGGUAAGAACCCUUCUAUCGAUGUUGGUUCCGCGACCGCCAAGCUGCCAGGUAGCAACUUCCAUACUGAAAACUUGUCUGCGAGCUUUACCGUCAAGCAUUUCGCCGGAGAAGUCGAGUAUCCAGUCAGGGGCUUGAUCGAGGAAAACGGCGAGAUCAUCUCUGGAGAUCUCAUGAAUAUGAUGAACAGCACAAAAUCAGACUUUGUGGCCAAGCUCUUUGGCCAGGAAGCCCUGCAAACCGUCACUCACCCCCAAGAGCGGACAACUGUGAUGCAGGCUACCAUCAGCUCAAAGCCUAUGCGCGCGCCCAGCGUCAUGGCGAAGAAGGGUACUCGUCCCAACAGGCCCAAUCCCGCGGGCCGCCGCCAGACCCAAGAUAACUUUGAUGCAAUGUCACAGAACAGCGACUCGCGUGAGGCCAAGCGUGGAGCGGGCAAGGGAUUAUCGGAGCAGGGCGCCUCUGGCCAAUUCCUUUCAUCUCUCGACAAUGUGCAGAAAGCUGUCACCGAUCCCGGCACCAAUGCUUACUUCUUCUUCUGCAUUAAGCCCAAUGAUCGCCGCAUUGCCAAUCAGUUCGACAGUAAAUGUGUGCGAACACAGAUCCAGACAUUUGGCAUCGCCGAAAUCAGCCAGCGUCUGCGUUCGGCUGAUUUCAGCUUGUUUGUGCCCUUUGGUGAGUUCUUGGGCAUGGCCAAUAGCGAGGCUCUGCUUGUGGGGAGCGAGCGAGAGCGGGCAGAGGCUGCAAUCGAUGAGAGGCAGUGGCCCCGUAACGAAGUUUCGGUUGGUGCCACUGGUGUCUUCUUGAGCGAGCGUUGCUGGCUGGAAAUCGCCCAACUGUCCUUUUCCAGUUCGGCUUCUGGCCGCGGUGCCAUGUCCGCAUUUGAUAGUGAAGGCGGAGAUGGCCUCACCCCUGGCGACCAUCAUGCUUUUGGUGCUUCCAAGGAGCGUCUUUUGUCUGCUGGACACACUCCUAUGGGCUAUGGUGAAAAAGGAAGGAGUGGUUACUUCGUGGCUGAUGAUGCUCGCUCUGAGGCGGGUGUCUCGGCGUUUGGUGCGGGAGACAUGUUCAAAAACCUCGAUACCCGCGAGCAGAUGGCCGAGAGAGGCAAUGAAAAGGCCCUGGUGGAGGUUGAAGAGUACAAGGAUAGCGCCAGCCGCAAGCGCUGGCUGUUCCUUGUGCACGCACUCACUUGGUUCGUUCCCGAUUUUCUCAUCCGGUUGAUUGGUAGGAUGCCUCGAAAGGAUGUGCGCAUCGCAUGGCGUGAGAAGCUUGCCAUCAACUUUCUCAUUUGGUUCUUCUGCUUGGUUGCUGCUUUCUUCAUCGUGGUCUUCCCCAUGGUCAUUUGUCCCACCCAGCAUGUCUACAGCGCUCAAGAGUUGUCUUCAUUUGAUGGCAAGCCGAAAAGUGAGGGUGCGUACGUUUCCGUCCGUGGUAUCGUCCUUGACUUGGGAGCCUUCAUCCCCUCCCAUUACCCUUCGUACCUGAAGCAGCAGUCUCUUCUCAACUAUGCCGGCAAGGACAUUACCAGCCUCUUCCCUGUCCAGGUGUCCGCACUCUGUGACGGCGUGGACGGCUCAAUCAACCCGGCCGUGACUCUGGAUUACAAGAACAGCAACUCCACCGGAUCCCCGGCCCUUCUCAGCCUCACGGACCAGAACUACAAGUACCACGACUUCCGAUAUUUCACCAAUGACACUCGACCCGACUGGUUUUACGAACAGAUGGUCUAUCUGAAGUCUAACUUCAAGAAGGGCAACAUUGGCUAUACCGCCAAAUAUGUGAAAACGCUCGGCAAGCAGUCGCAAAACAUUGUGAUUUUGGAAAACAAAGUUUACGACAUGACUACCUAUCUUGCUGGUGGCCGCCAUUUGCGCGCUCCUCCUGGAGAAAAAGUGCCAACUAACAAUACUCUCACUGACUUCAUGGACCCAUCUAUCACGUCGCUUUUCCAGCUCAACCCUGGUCAGGACAUCACCAAGUACUGGCAAAACUCACUCCGACUUGAUGCUACCAGCAAAACUCGUAUGAAGCGUUGCCUGGACAACUUGUUCUAUGUUGCCGAUGUCGAUACCAGAAACUCCGUCCGCUGCCAGUUUGCUGAGUAUCUUAUUCUCGCCAUCUCGAUUCUGCUUUGCUCAGUCAUCGGAUUUAAGUUUCUCGCUGCUCUGCAAUUUGGUGGUAAAAACGCCCCUGAAGACCUUGACAAAUUUAUCAUGUGCCAGAUUCCGGCCUACACCGAGGACGAGGAAUCUCUGCGCCGUGCCAUUGAUUCUGCUGCUAGGAUGAGAUAUGAUGACAAGCGCAAGUUACUGGUUAUCGUGUGCGACGGCAUGAUUAUCGGUCAAGGCAACGACAGGCCCACGCCCAGGAUUGUUCUGGACAUUCUCGGCGUGUCCGAAUCUGUCGACCCUGAACCGCUAAGCUUUGAGUCUCUUGGUGAAGGUUUGAAGCAGCACAACAUGGGCAAGGUUUACUCCGGUCUCUACGAGGUCCAAGGCCACAUUGUUCCCUUCUUGGUCAUCGUGAAGAUUGGCAAGCCCUCUGAGGUCUCCCGCCCUGGCAACCGUGGUAAGAGAGACUCUCAGAUGGUCAUCAUGCGAUUCCUUAACCGCGUGCACUACAACUUGCCCAUGAGCCCGAUGGAGCUUGAAAUGUACCACCAGAUCAGAAACAUCAUUGGUGUCAACCCCGCCUUUUACGAAUUCAUGUUCCAAAUCGAUGCCGAUACCGUUGUUGCCCCGGAUUCCGCCACUCGUAUGGUUGCUGCCCUUAUCAACGACACAAGCAUCAUUGCUGUGUGCGGUGAGACUGCUCUGACCAACGCCAAGGGCUCGUUCAUCACCAUGAUCCAGGUUUACGAGUACUACAUCUCCCACAACCUGUCAAAGGCCUUUGAGAGUUUGUUCGGCUCCGUCACUUGUCUGCCCGGUUGUUUCUCCAUGUACCGUAUCCGCGCUGCGGAGACUGGCAAGCCACUCUUCGUGAGCAAGGAGGUUGUUGAGGCGUAUUCCACUAUCCGUGUCGAUACGCUGCACAUGAAGAACUUGCUCCACCUGGGUGAAGAUCGUUUCCUGACCACUUUGCUGAUGAAAUUCCACUCCAAAUACAAGACCAAGUACAUCUUCACUGCUCACGCAUGGACUAUUGCCCCCGACUCUUGGAGCGUCUUCCUUUCUCAGCGACGUCGUUGGAUUAACUCCACUGUGCACAAUCUGAUUGAGCUUAUUCCCCUUUCCCAGCUCUGCGGUUUCUGCUGCUUCAGUAUGCGCUUUGUCGUCUUUGUCGACUUGCUCAGUACCGUUGUCCAGCCUGUGACCGUCGCCUAUAUCAUCUACCUGAUUGUGCGUGUGGUGCAGAAUCCCAACGUCGUCCCCGUCACCGCGUUUAUUCUUCUCGGCGCCAUUUAUGGUUUGCAGGCCAUCAUUUUCAUCCUUCGCCGCAAGUGGGAAAUGGUCGGUUGGAUGGUUCUUUAUGUUCUAGCCAUCCCCGUCUUCAGCUUUGGUCUGCCGCUGUACGCUUUCUGGAACAUGGACGACUUUGCAUGGGGUAAUACCCGUGUUGUUGCCGGCGAAGACGGCAAAAAGGUCCUCAUCUCGGACGAAGGCAAAUUCGAUCCCUCAUCUAUCCCGAAAAAGAAGUGGGAGGAAUAUCAAGCCGAGCUCUGGGAGUCGCAGACUUCCAGGGAUGACACUCGCUCUGAGAUCUCUGGCUUCAGCUACGGAACUAAGGCUCACGGCGCCAUGUCAGAAUAUGCUUAUCCCAGCCGGCCUGCCUCCACAACGGGCUUCAUCCAGGCAGCGACUCACGCUCAGCCAUAUGAAACCCGCAACAUGUCCCGCAUGUCGAUGGCUCCUUCUGAGAUGAACCGCAUGAGCCAGUAUGGCGGAUCGCAAUUUUUCUCUCCAGAGGACAUGGUUGGCCUUCCCAGCGAUGAUGCCAUCUUGGCGGAAAUCCGAGAGAUUUUGAAGACGGCAGAUUUGAUGACUGUCACCAAGAAGGGCGUGAAGCAGGAAUUGGAACGCCGCUUCGACGUUCCCCUUGAUGCGAAGAGAGCUUAUAUUAAUAGUGCUACUGAGGCUCUCCUCUCUGGUCAGCUAUAG